AUGAGCGAAGGCGAACAAAGUGAAGAUGGGCAGGUGAUGAGCGGAGUGGAGUUGAGCCCUUCCGAGGACGAAGAAACGACAGAUUCACUGGACAUCAAACCGCCACAAGCGAGCAGCGCGUACUAUGGAAGCAGCAAGCGGAAGGACAAAAAAACCAAGGACCGCCGACAUCCGAAGGAGCAUCUUCGGCAUCACAUGAUGAUGGAACGGGACCGGGACCGAGAACGUGACCGGGGUGAUGGGCGCGGUGAUAGGGGUGGCAAUCGGAUGGAACGCGAACAACAUUACUACCGGGAGCGAGAACAUCACGCACAAAGUGGCCGCGAACAGCAUCGAGCCACGCAGGGAUCAUCGUCGUCCCGCAUGGGUAGUGGAAGUGGCCGCGAGCGGGGCGCAAGUGGCCGAGACGCUGGCGCGCGCGAAAAGCACCACUCGUCCCAGUACGAAAUGAAUCCUUUCUACGGCGAAAUGCGCGAAACGUACCACAGCAAACGCGACCGGGAACGGGAGCGCGAGCGGGAACGUGAACACCGGGGGGAUCGCGUUGAACGAGAACGCGAGCGGGAGCGGAAGUACAAUGAAAAACAGCGUCGCGCAGAGGAACACAAGUAUAACGAGAAAAAAAUGGAAGAUUUGCGUACACGGUUGUUGAACAAAAAGCACCGGCAUGAUUCGAAGCUGCACCAGCGUGGGGAUAUGCGAGAUCGCGAACACGAAAUGGCAGCAGAGGUCGCAAUGCAUCCUGACGAGAUGAAUUAUCAUCGUGAAAGCAUCGGGCGCCGCCGAGAGCAUCCGCAUCGCCGCCAUCACGAAGAGGAAGGUGGAAAUGAAGGACGCUCGCGUGAUCGAAACCGACACCAUGGAACUCGCGAUCACGCGGAAGUGGUGGAGAUCACUGAAAGUCCGGAACAUCUCCAUCACCAGGGCUAUACGCUAAACAUUCCUCGAACAGCCGAAGAAAAGGAACAGGAGGUACGACGUGCUAAGCUUCUGGAGGCGGACCGGGAAAUGUUGCGCCGGAAAGAGAUGGCCCGGGAAGAGCUUGAAGCGCGAAGGUUGCGUAAGGAAGAGGAACGCCUGAAUGACGCAACGGAUUCCCAUUCCGACGACUCUGAUGCAGAAGACGUCGAGGAGAUCGAAGAGGAAGAGCUGAUGGAUGAGGAUGAAGAUGCGAUCAUAAUAGGAGAAGACGACCGCGAUCGACGGUUAAGUGGCAAACGUGUAGAAAAACGAAAACUUGGACGAAAGCGAGAACGAACGCAUCACAGAAACCGAGAUGUGUCGUACUCACAGUCGAGCUCCUCCCACGGAUCAGACGAUUCCGAGGGCCACGAAGAGGACGAAGAUCACGCCCCGGUAAGCCCGCUGUCGGUGGGCGAUUUGGUGAAAUCCGACCGUCGGAAUCGUAAGAGCAAUUCCCUGUCCUAUCGGUCACACUCGCGCUCACAAACACGCUCGCGAUCGGGCUCGGAAUCUGGUUCCAGGAGUCACUCGAGAAGCCCGCGGCAUUCGCGCCGCCAUGAAGGUGCUGACAGCCUCAGUUCAAGCCAUAGUCGUAGCCAGUCGAGGGAGAAUGAGUUGCGCAAACGAUCAAUUGCCGGUGGCGAUGCUGAUGAUAACGAUGAUGGGAAACCACACGGUGACGGAAAGUCUCCGAAGAAUGGUGCCUCCGAAGAGCAACAAGAGGUGGAACCGAAGAAUACGCUUCCCCCGUACUACCCUGGAAUACAGGGUUGCCGCUCGGUGGAGGAGUUCCUCUGCCUCAAUCGCAUCGAAGAGGGCACGUACGGGGUCGUGUACCGAGCGAAGGACAAACGCACGGAAGAAAUCGUCGCCCUCAAACGGCUCAAGAUGGAGAAGGAAAAGGAGGGCUUCCCCAUCACGUCCCUGCGGGAGAUCAACACGCUGCUCAAGGGUCAGCAUCCGAACAUCGUGACCGUACGCGAGAUCGUUGUCGGUAGCAACAUGGACAAGAUUUUCAUCGUCAUGGACUACGUCGAGCACGAUCUGAAGUCGCUCAUGGAAACAAUGAAGCACAAAAAGCAGGUCUUUCUGCCAGGCGAGGUGAAAUGUCUCACGCAGCAGCUGCUCCGGGCGGUGGCUCAUCUGCACGAUAACUGGAUCCUGCAUCGAGAUCUCAAGACGUCGAAUUUGUUGCUAUCACACAAGGGCAUCCUAAAGGUGGGAGAUUUUGGGCUCGCCCGAGAGUACGGAUCACCGCUGAAACCCUACACCUCGAUCGUCGUAACGCUCUGGUACCGAGCGCCAGAGUUGCUGCUCUGCUGUAAGGAAUAUUCGACCCCGAUCGACAUCUGGUCCGUGGGCUGUAUUUUUGCGGAGUUCCUUUCGAUGGCGGCUCUCUUCCCCGGGAAGACCGAGAUCGACCAGCUCAACCGGAUAUUCAAGGAUCUCGGCACGCCUAACGAAAAGAUCUGGCCCGGUUACAAUGAGCUCCCGGCGGUGCAGAAAAUGACAUUCACCGAAUAUCCGGUAUCGAAUUUGCGCAAGAAAUUCGCACACCUUACCAGCGAGCUAGGCAUCUCGCUGCUGCAGGGUCUGCUCACCUUCGAUCCCAAGCAGCGCCUAACGGCGGAAGUGGCCCUUCAGCACAGCUAUUUCAAGGAGCUACCGCUGCCGAUUGAUCCCGCCAUGUUUCCCACGUGGCCAGCAAAGAGUGAGCUCGGAUUGAAAAAGGCUCUCGCUUCUAGCCCGAAACCACCGAGUGGCGGUGGGGAGUUUAAGAAGUUGGGUGACGAUGCAGUGCCGGAUAAUGCGGGAUUCCAUCUCGGUGGCGCCACGUACGCCGAAUCCCGGCAGCUUGCGAUGGGUCCCGGAUUUAGCCUGAAGUUCUGAGGGCACGAGUUGUCGUCCGGGUUCGGGUUAAAGUAAACGCAGCAGCGCGACUACUUAUACCGAACGCGGGUGACUAAUGAUGCUCACCGCAGAGCGAAGGAUUCAUAAAAUUCCACCCCCAUUUUUCCGACGAUUGUAAUCGAUCAUUUUCUCACCAGCCACAAGACACGUGUCCAGUGGAAAUGUGUAAAUAAGAUUAUCCUGUUAAGUUAAAAAGUUGAGACUCAAGACUCAAGAAGUCGUUAAGAUUAAAAAUAAAUUUUUCCUUAUCGUAUCGUAUCGUAUUAGUGUAUGCUUCAGGUUCCAUGGUCAAGUACCAUGUAUUAUACCGUAUUAAAUUGUAAUCGCUACUUUUCUCCCGUUCACGAAUGCUACAUCACACGUAAUAAAGUAUCGAUAUUC